AGUGUUAAACCAGACCCCCGAGGCAGGCUCAAGCGUGGGCGAAAAAGUGAUCCAAAUGGCGAAAACAUUGCUGAAAGCACGUCUUUCAGGUGAACGGAUCUUACGUUGCUGGGGAGGAGGAGGAAUCGAGACAAAUUCGCCUGGAUCGACCGUGCAGGAAGUGAAAGAGAAGAUACAGAUUCUUCUAGAAGAGUAUGUCUCAGGUGGAGACCUCAGAGAAGCAUGUAGGUGCGUCAAGGAACUGGGAAUGCCGUUUUUUCACCACGAAGUUGUGAAGAAGUCAGUGGUGAGGAUCAUAGAAGAGAAAGAGAAGGAGGAGCGGUUAUGGAAGCUACUAAAAGUGUGUUUUGAUUCGGGACUAGUGACGAUAUAUCAGAUGACCAAAGGGUUUAAAAGAGUUGAUGAAUCACUUGAAGAUCUGUCUUUGGAUGUCCCUGAUGCUGCGAAAAAGUUUUCAAGCUGCGUGGAAAGAGCCAAGCUUGAAGGGUUCUUGGACGAAUCAUUCGCUUCUGAAUCUGAGGAUUCGUCUUCACAAAGUAAGAAACAGAACGGCUCGUCUUCGUCUGGAUGAUUAUUAACAAGUAGAACACCAACCUCAAAACCUUUUUUAGAGACGUUGGUUUCACGCAAACAUUACCUUUGAAACUCCUUUUUAUUUUUAUUUUUUUUUAUAAGCAAACUCAAAGUUUUGGAUACUUUUGCUGACGUUUCUCUUACAGAAAACAAAUUCUCUUAUAUUUUUGUCUUAGUGACGUUUUUUGUUAUAGCACACAUUACUUUACCGACC